GAUUAUCGAAGGUUAAAUUAUUUCAGUCAUCGACAUUUAUUUAAUUAUGGCUUCUAAAGAAGUAAUGUUAACAAAUAAUCCUAUGGACAUAGAUACUGAAGAAGAAAAGUAUACGAUGCAUGAAAUCUGCUUAUAUGAUCCUUUAAGCAUAAAUAUGAAAGUUGCCUGUCAAAAAUUAUUAUCAAAAAUUGAACAAAUCAAUCAACAAAAUUCUUCAUUUUCUUCAAUUAUUUCAGAAGGACAAUACGAGAUUUUGAAUUCUUAUAUAAUAAAUGAUAAUAAGAAUGAAAUUAAUAAUACUAAAAAAUUAUUAGAUUGUAUAUCAAAUUUACUUCUAAUUCCAUCAUUAACUCUUAAUAUAGCUAAUUUAUUUCGUCCAAUUUUAAUCGAUCUUGUUUCGCGUUGGUUAUUAUCAAACAAUAAUGAUACUAUGGAAGUUGAUUAUGAUGUGAUGUCUAAAGUUGAAAAAGUUGCUAAUGCAUUUAGUUUAUUACUUCCAAUUGAACCCCAGCUUUUAAGUUUUGCGGUUACAUUUUUUUCACAAACAUCCUCAUUGCUAGAGAGACUCAAUUUAUUAAAUCAAGAAGAUAUAAGCAAUGAAAAUUCCCAAGAUUUGCAACGACUUUUAUUAACAGCUUAUCGACUUUUAAGAUUUUCUGGGAGCACUUUUAUAAAAUUGUGGAAUUGGUCACCACUUUUUCAAUUGUUGAUUCAUGUUAAUAUAGCCAUACGAUAUUUAACAGUUUUGUGUUUAAGUAUUGUAUUUAAUAUGAGUGAUGAACAAAGAGAAAGUGCGUUUCAUUAUUGGGUUGGUGCAGAUAAUGAGAUGAUCUCAAUUGAAUGGGAGAAUGGGAAUACACAAGACAUUGGAAUGUUGUCACUUUUGGAACAAGUAUCUCUUGCAAAACAACAAUUAAAACUUUUACAAAAUGAUUUUAUAGAUCAAAAUUCUUCUGAACUUUUUCAAAUUAGUGAAUUAGACUUGUCUCCAUUGAUAGUCAAUAUUUCUGGAGUAUUAUUACCAAAAUCAUUUACUUGUUCAGAGAAAUCUUUCGUAUCAAACAAGCAAAAACUUGUUUUGACAGAUACAACUAAAAAUAAUUUAUAUUCCAUAUGUUUGGCAAUUUCAAUGGGCUCACCAGUUUUGCUUGAAGGUAUUAUUGGAGCAGGUAAAACUGCCUUGGUUGAAGAAAUUGCAAGAGUAACUGGGCGUGAUGACCUUGUGAAAAUUCACUUAGGAGAUCAAACAGAUUCUAAAGUUCUUUUAGGUACUUACGUUUCUACAUCCACUCCUGCUUCAUUUCGUUGGCAACCCGGUGUCCUCACAACUGCAGUUCGUGAUGGACGGUGGGUUUUAAUUGAGGAUAUAGAUCUUGCACCUAUGGAAGUUAUAUCAAUUUUACUCUCUUUGCUUGAAACGCGUCAGCUUUUUAUUUCUAGUAGGGGUGAAAAAAUUGACGCGAAGCAAGGAUUUCAAUUAUUCGCAACAAAAAGCUUGUUGCCGAUUGAUGGAGGAAGAAGAUCAGUACAUCAACGUGUAAAUGACUCGAACUUUGGGGAAACUUUGUGGACUCGGAUAAAAGUCAGCCCGUUAAGUGUUGAUGAACUUACUUGUGUUGUCAGAGAUCGUUUCGUUGUUUUACAAGAAUUAGUGCCAGAUAUUAUGAAUGUGUUUAAUACUAUAAUAGCGAUUCACCAUGAUUCAACAUUUUUAUCGAAUUCAGGUCGAUAUAUUUCGACACGUGAUUUAAUGAAAUGGUGUGAGAGAAUGAGGGUUCUUUUAUGCUCAAGAAAUAAUAUAAUCACAACCCAGGGAAUAACACAAGAUAUAAGAGAAGAUUUGUUUAAAGAGGCGGCUGAUUGUUUUUGCUCAAUGAUUUCCGAUUAUGAAAGUUGGAUUGCGAUUUUGGAAAAGAUUGGUGAUGCGCUGCAAAUAUCAAAGGAAUGGGUUCACUUGUAUGUGAAUUCAUAUUUACCUGAAAUGAAAAUUGAUGAUAAAAUAAUAUCUAUUGGAAGGGUUAAUUUAGUUCUAUCAGAUCGGAAAGAAGAUAUAACUAGACCAAUACGAAAGAGACCUUUUGCUGUUACCGGUCAUGCUUUGAGAUUAUUGGAACAAAUUGCUGUGUGUGUCCAUUUAUGCGAGCCUGUAUUAUUAGUUGGUGAAACUGGUACAGGUAAAACGACAGUGAUCCAACAUCUUGCAAAAAUUAUGCAUCAAAAUCUUGUGGUUGUGAAUUUAUCACAACAAAGUGACAGUAGUGAUCUUCUCGGCGGGUUCAAACCUGUUGAUGCUAAAAUUCUUGCAAGUCCACUUAAAGAGGAAUUUGAUAAACUUUUUGAAAAAACUUUUUCUAUUCGACGAAAUGUGCGGUUCUUGGAAACUGUUCGAAAAGUAUAUAUUGCAAGAAAAUUUGAUAAGUUUGUGUCUCUUAUGAAACAGGCUAUUAAAAUGGCGGGACAAAAAUUCGAUGAAGAUUAUAACCAUGAUAUGGAUGAUCAAGAUAGUAAUUCGUUGCAAAAACAUUCUUCUCGAAAGUCUUCAAACCCCGAAUUACGGAAUCGCUGGAAAUUAUUCGAAAACUCUAUUAUAGAGUUUGAAAGUCAACAGGAUCAAAUACGUAAUAAAUUCGUUUUUAGUUUUGUAGAAGGUUCGUUGGUAAAAGCUGUGACAAAAGGCGAUUGGAUACUUUUAGAUGAAAUUAAUUUGGCAUCUACAGAGACAUUGGAAUGCUUGAGUGGCUUGCUUCAGGAUUCUCAAGGAUCUUUAUUAUUAACAGAAAAAGGUGAUAUUGAACCAGUUAAAAGACAUCCAAAUUUUCGUGUCUUUGCCUGUAUGAAUCCUGCUACUGAUGUGGGUAAGCGAGAUUUACCUCCAGGAUUAAGAAAUCGAUUUACCGAGUUUUAUGUUCAUUCACCUGAUAAAAGACGAGAUGAUUUAUUAACUAUAGUCAAACAAUAUUUAGCUGGUUGCGUUCACGGUGAUGAACAUGCUUGUACCGAUAUUGUAGAAUUUUAUAUAGCUGUCAAAGAAUUACAACAGCGACAUAUAAUUGCUGAUGGUGCAAAUCAAAGAUUUCAUUUUAGUAUAAGGACGCUAACUCGUGCAUUAAGUUAUGUAGUGCAAAUAACACCAUCUUAUGGAUUAAGACGUUCUAUGUAUGAGGGAUUUUGUAUGACCUUUUUAACACAAUCAAAUAAAGAAAGUGAAAUUUUGUUGAGGGGUUUAGUAGAGAAAUUUUUGCUAAAUGGUGUCAAAAAUCCUAAAAAUUUAAUAACACAAAUUCCUAAACAGCCUUUAAAUGGUAAUUACAUCCAAUUUGGAUACUUCUGGCUCGAAUUAGGAGAUUAUCCUGAACAUAUGCCCCAUUAUAUUUUAACGUCAUCUGUUAAAAAGAACUUGGACAAUCUUUCAAGAGUUGUAAUGAGUGGGAAAUAUCCUGUCUUAAUUCAAGGUCAUACAUCUGCUGGUAAAACAAGCAUGAUUCAGUAUUUAGCCAAACGUUCUGGGCAUCGCUUUGUGAGAAUCAACAAUCAUGAACAUACCGACAUUCAAGAAUAUCUUGGAACUUAUGUUUCUAAUUCUGAAGGAAAACUAGAAUUUCAAGAAGGUGUAUUGGUUGAAGCAUUAAAGAAAGGAUAUUGGAUUGUGUUAGAUGAAUUGAAUUUGGCACCAACAGAUGUUUUGGAAGCUUUAAAUAGGUUAUUAGAUGAUAAUAGAGAGUUGUUGAUUCCAGAAACUCAAGAAAUUGUUAAACCUCACAAAGGUUUUAUGUUAUUUGCAACUCAGAAUCCUCCCGGUUUAUAUGGAGGUCGCAAAGUACUUUCCCGUGCUUUUCGUAAUAGAUUUUUAGAACUACAUUUUGAUGAUAUACCGGAGGAUGAAUUAGAAGUUAUUCUUUCAGAGAGAUGUGAAAUUGCUCCAUCUUAUUGUAAACGACUUGUACAAGUUUACAAGUAUUUAAUGGAAAGAAGACAAGGAACAAGAAUUUUUGAACAAAAGCACGGAUAUAUUACGUUGAGAGAUUUAUUCCGCUGGGCAGAGAGAGGUGCCAUAGGAUAUCAGGAAUUAGCAGAGCAAGGAUAUAUGUUAUUAGCCGAGAGAAUAAGGAAACCUGAUGAAAAAUUGAUCGUAAAACAAGUUUUGGAAUCAGUUAUGAAAGUAACAAUCGAUGAGCAAAAAAUGUAUGACUGUUCAAAUAUGGAUGAGUUUAAAAAAUACAUAUCCUUGAGACAUGGCAAAACGGAUAUUGUUUGGACUAAGGCUAUGAAACGUUUAUUUACUUUAGUUACUCAAUGCUUAAAAUUUAAUGAACCGAUUUUAUUGAUUGGCGAAACCGGCUGUGGGAAAACAACAAUAUGUCAAAUGUUGGCAGAAAUAAAGGAAAAAGAAUUACAUAUUGUUAAUUGUCAUCAUAGUACUGAGACAGCUGAUCUGCUUGGCGGCCAAAGGCCAUUAAGAAAUAAGGGAAAUCUAAAUAAUGAUCUUAAACGCGAUCUAAUCGACUUUUUAAGAAAAUAUGCUCCUCAAGAAAACAUAUGUUUAGAAGAGAUAGAUCUGAGUCAGUUGAUCACUCUAUUCCAAGAUUUUUGUAAGGAUGAGAAGUGGAAUACAUCCCCAACAGUAUCUGAUGAAAAUAUCACUGACUUAGUAACAUCAUUACGUUUAAGAUGUAAGCAAGCUCGCACAUUGUUUGAAUGGCAUGAUGGUCCAUUAGUUCAAGCCAUGAAGCAUGGCAAUUUCUUUUUACUUGAUGAGAUAUCCUUAGCAGAUGAUUCAGUUAUCGAGCGCCUUAAUAGUGUCCUUGAACCAAGUAGGACUUUAGUGCUAGCAGAAAAAAGUGGAAAACAUGUCGAGGAAUUAGUUGCGAAAAAUGGAUUCCAGUUCUUAGCAACUAUGAAUCCUGGAGGUGAUUAUGGUAAAAAGGAACUGUCACCAGCAUUGAGGAAUCGAUUUACAGAAAUUUGGGUUCCAUCUGUUACAGAUCAUGAAGAUUUAUUACACAUAAUUGAAGAACAAUUUUCACAUGAUAGUUUAGCAGGAUAUGGUCACAAAAUUCUUGAUUUUAUAGAGUGGUUUUCACGCUCAUUGAACAAUAAUCGUACCAUCAUUAGUUUGCGAGAUAUUUUAUCAUGGGUUUCAUUUAUGAACUCCACAGUAGAACAAUUGGGACCGCAUGAAUCUUUUGUUAAUGGAGGAAGUCUUGUAUUUUUGGAUGGUCUUGGUUCCAACGGUGCAUCGGGGUCAUUGUUAUCCGGACAAGUGUUGAAGGAAUUUAGAAUGAGAUGUCUCGCAAAAUUAUUGGAAUUGGAGGGUGAUGUUAAACAAGAUAAUGUUUUUAGCCAAAGCUUUACCAAUGAAAAUGAAAAAAUUCAUUAUACAGAAUCAUUAUUCGGAAUCCACCCAUUCUAUAUACCUAAAGGAACAUUUGGCAAUUAUCAAAUUACUUUUACUUUGCAAGCGCCAACGACAUUGGAUAAUGCAAUGCGUGUACUUCGAGCUAUGCAAUUAAAAAAACCAAUAUUAUUAGAAGGAAGUCCUGGAGUAGGAAAAACAAGUUUAAUUACAGCAUUGGCCGCAGCAUCUGGACAUAAGCUUAUUCGAAUCAAUUUAUCCGAACAAACGGAUUUAAUGGACUUAUUUGGUUCUGACCUUCCCGUAGAAGGUGGUAGUAAUUGUGAAUUUGCAUGGCGCGAUGCACCAUUUCUUCAGGCAAUGAAAUCUGGUGACUGGGUUCUCUUAGAUGAAUUGAAUCUUGCUUCUCAGUCGGUUUUAGAAGGUCUCAACUCAUGUUUAGAUCAUCGCUGUGCUGUAUAUAUACCCGAAUUAAAUAAGGAAUUCUUUUGUUCUAAUGAAUUUCGUGUUUUCGGUGCUCAGAAUCCUAUACAUCAAGGUGGAGGAAGAAAAGGACUUCCAAGAUCCUUUAUCAAUCGAUUCACACAAGUUUAUAUAGAACAACUUACUAAAACAGAUAUGCUUUUCAUUACUAAAUGUCUUUUCCCUCAAAUUGAAGAUUCAUUAUUGGAGAAAAUUAUAGAAUUUAACGACCGAAUGUACGAAGAUACAAUGAUUAAAUGCUUAUUUGGUAGAAAGGGUUGUCCCUGGGAAUUUAACUUACGCGAUGUUUUUCGUUGGUUAGAACUUUUAACCAAUGAUAGAGGUCUCGGAUUUAAUUCAAUUCCUGAUCAAUAUCUAGACCUAAUUUAUUUGCGGAGAAUGAGAACUAUCGAAGAUAGAAUUCACGCUAUUAAUUUAUUUAAUGAAAUUUUUGAUAAAAAUUAUCAACAACCAAAAAAUCCUUAUUAUCAUAUUAAUUCGCGUUAUAUUCAGAUCGGACAUUCUCUUCUUCAACGUCAAUCAAAUUGUGGAUAUAAAUAUAUAGAAAAUUCAUUUCAUAUUUUACAUUCUCAAUUGAGGCCUUUAGAAUCCCUAAUGAAAUGUGUAGAAUUCAAUUGGAUGGUAAUUCUUACCGGACAUGAAGCAACUGGGAAAACAAGUCUUGUUAGACUGUUGGCUAAUUUAACUGGUAAUCAUCUUGAGGAAUUUGCAAUGAAUAGCUCCGUUGAUACAAUUGAAUUACUUGGUGGAUUCGAACAAGUAGAUUUAGCUAGACAUCGACAAAUAGUUAUCGAUGAAUUAAGACGAUUAUCUAUUGAAGUGACAAAGAAAGUUCUUAUUGUUUCACAUUCGAGCAAUUUAUUUAAGGAUAAUGAUGCAUUACAAGUAUUGAAAAAACUUAAUGAUAUAUUAUUUACUUUGGAAAAUCAUAUUAAAUUUAGUAUCCAAAAUUCAACAACUAAUCGUUCUUCACUUCAGUUAGAUUAUACAGUGGUUGACCAAUUGUUAGAUAUUCUACAACAAACAAUGGCCAAGUAUAACUUGUGCUCGCUCUUUGAUAAUGAAAAAAGCAAUCUACUGGACAAAAUCACAACACUCAAAUUUCUCGAAAGUGGACCUAUUACUGGUCGGUUUGAGUGGAUUGAUGGGGUUCUUAUAAACGCACUCCAAAAUGGUCAUUGGUUGUUGAUUGAUAAUGCCAAUCUUUGUAAUCCAUCUGUAUUGGAUAGGCUUAACUCAUUGAUUGAACCAAAUGGAGUCUUGAUGAUUAACGAGAGAGGUCUUAUAGACGGUGACGUAAAAAUUAUUCAACCUCAUAAAAAUUUCAGGUUAUUUAUGACUACUGAUCCGAGAAAUGGUGAAUUAUCUAGAUCUAUGAGGAAUCGUGGCGUAGAAAUAGCCUUGUUGAAGACAGAACUUUUUGAAAAUCAACAAGAUAUUAUUAAAAUUGCAAACGGACUCGGACUUCGUGUCUCAGAACUUGUUUCUUUUACGAAUAAUCCUCAGUUUAGUAUAGAAGGAAAUUCUUGCAUGUUGUCUUUAAGACAAAAUAUGAGAGAAUAUAUCUUAUUUUCUCGAUUCAUUGUUGAGAUGCUUCAACGAGGCGAAGGACUACUACAGGCUUUACAUAAAGCUUUUCGACAAAUUUACUUCAUUGAUUGCGUACCGAAUGAAAUGAUGAAGUAUCUUCAAGAUUUUACAAAGAAAUUCAAUAUGGUCAAUGAAGAGAACUUAAUCUGUACCUUAUCUCCUACAUUUAAUGAGGGAAUUUUUAUUAAGGAGGAGGCAAGACUGUCUAUGGUCCAUCUUCAAGGAUCUUAUUUGAUAUACCUUUUAUUUAAAUAUGGGGUUUCUAAAUUAAACCAUAAUGACUUGUUGUCGUUUUCCUCAUUACAAGAAUUACUUGUAUCUUGUGAUUAUUUUAUUGAGAAUAUUUCUCUAGAUGAUGUUUCUUUGAGGAAUCGCUGGCUUGGCUUUGUUUCUUAUUUAAUUCGGUCAUUUAAUUUGGUGGGGAUUCAUGAGAUAAAUAUUUUAGAGUACAUCAAAUUCAUGAACGAUACCUUGAUUGGUCAUCCACUUGUUUCUCAUCUUAAUGAAAUUAAAAUUCAAUUAGCUAAACUAAUUGAUCUGAAUUUAUCUUAUAUAAUGUCUCAGCCUCUUGAUAUUACUAGCAAUUACCCUUUGGUUAUGUCAAUUACUCGCUUCGAAAAUAGGAAAUACAAUAGUGAUAAGGAUGAGACGAUAUAUAACUUAUGGAAUCAAUAUUCUCUCAAGAUUAAAGUGUUUAAUCUUAUGAAGAGACUGCAAAGACAAGAUUAUAUUGAAAAUUUAUCUUAUGAAAAGGCGACACGAAUAAAAGUAUCAAAGUUGACUUUAUCCCAACAGUCAUAUUGUUAUCAUCACGGUAGAAUAUCGGAUAACCAAUUAAGUCAUCUCGUUGUUGCAAAUUUUUUUCCAUUCUUACAAGAAUUUAAAAAUUUCGUAAAAUUAUGGAUUAAUCAAGGGAAUUACGAAAAAUCUGACAUUGUAUUAUUUGAUAAUUUACUUGAUUAUCAUGAGUUCUUAUGGGAAUUUCUGCAACAAAACUCGCUUGAUCUCGGUGAAUUAUAUGUUUGCACCAAAAUGGUUAAAAAAGCUCUGAGACACUUGAUUGAUAAAUUUAAAGAACACGCGAAAAAUUUGCUUAAUAUAUGUGAUAGCAUAACUGAGGACACAGUAUUAACGACAGGAAAAUUCAUGAACAUUUUGUGGAAACAUUUUCAUCAUAUAACACUUUCAAGAAUCGAUCUAUUUAAACUAAAAAACGAAUUAUCUGAAAUCAAUUUUAAUACGAACAUCGAAUGUCAAGAUAAUAAAAAAAUACAGUCACAUGAGAUAGAUGUAGAGUUGAAAGUAAUGUUGAUAGAUGCUGUUGCAACAUUGUAUUUUAUUGAUGAAAAUCAAAAUUUUGAAUCAACGGAUGAAUUGUUAAUUUCUAUACAAAAGAUUCCUCAGUAUAUUCGAAAAUAUUUACGAAGUACGCAGAAGCCCAUAAUUCAAAUUAAGCCUCUACCUUUAAUGGACUAUUUUAAUUUAAUUCAAGAGAUGCAAAUUAUUUCACAAUUGCAGUUAGCAGCUUCACAAGGAACCGAUUUGAACAAUGAAAAUUGUCGAGCGAUUCUUAAUCAAAUCUCAGAAUUUCGGGACUUUGCUUUAAAAAAUUGUUCCUGGUCUCCACUAGAUUUUGUUCCUUAUCAACAGCUUUUAUGGAUUUAUGGACCUGGAUCUAAAGUACCGGAUGACAAAGCCAGGGUCAUAUUCAACAAUAUUUUACAGGAUAUUAUAUAUGGAUGGCAUAAUAAACUAUGGAAUAAUAUGUUUAACAAUUUAUAUAUAAGUGAAAACAAUUUAAGCGCCAAUAUAUUUGUAGAGAAUACUACAGGGCCUGGGAGGAUAUUCCAAAGCGUUUUAAGCUUUUAUUAUUUUAAUUAUACUCGCCGAAUACAAUCUAUAUCUGUCGGUUCUUUUGACACUGAACUAGCACAACUUGUAGAAUAUGGAAAAUUUGCGGGAGGUGAUUCGCUAUUGAUUUAUAAAAUCAAUCGGAAAUGUUUAGACUUUAUAUUCCUCGUUCAACAAGUUAAACAAAUAUUUAUCCCAUUAAAGGAAAGAUUUUCACAAGAAAUUUUUCGUGGAAUUAAUGAAAAACUUGAUACUGUUAUUAACGUUGUUAAUUCUUUAUCGAAUAAUGGCGUCAUUAAUAAUGAUUCAUUAUCACCAUCGAUUGCUGUAGAAUCUCUUUACGUUGUGUCUAGUGGCUUGAAAGAAAUAGUUGAUCCCGCUUUGCGAGCUGUUUUAGAUCGAUGGAUUAUACCAUCAAUUCAUUUACUGGUUCAAGUAUUAGAAGAAUAUAAUCCGUUACAAUCGAAUGCGGAUGUUUAUCAGAAAAUAGGCAAAAUUUGGGUCUUUCUUUCUCUGGGUUUUAUUUCCUUAUACAUACCGAAUUAUCCACUUGAUCCAACAGCCGAAGCACGUUCAAGAUGUCAUUUUCUUCAACUUAAACAAUCUAGCUUAGAAAUUGAAAUUGAUAUUCGUACAAAAAUUGAACAAAGUUUCACUGGUGAAUGUGAUAAUCAUAAGAUAGAAGACUGUAAAAAAAGGUUAGAAGAAGUUAAAUUACUUAUCGGACGUACGUCGGUUAACUUAUCUUUAAGACCGGAACGAUCACAACUUAAUGAACUUUUUAAGCAUAUUCAUUAUAUUUGUAAUAAUGUUAUAGACGAACAACAUAUAUUUGGGUUAUUGAAUGAUUUUGAGAAUGGAAAUGAUUCAGCUGUUCUUCAACGGGAAAAUUUGUUUCAAGAAAAAAUAUUUCAGUUUAUUCAACGAAUGACAUCGAAUUAUCCCCUUUACCAAGAUUUACUGCAGCCAUUGUACGUCGCUCUCUUUCAAAUUAAAUAUGGAGUUCGAAUAAUAGCUUCUUCAUAUAAAAAUCUCGUUUCUACACGAGACAAAUUAAUAUAUAGUGUUAUAAAAUCUUUAGUAAACAUUACCAAGCUAGGAUGCUCCAAGAAAUGUAUUGAGGUUAUUACGGCACAAGAAUCAUAUGUAAUUGUCAAAGAUCUCAUUUUUUCUCAGCAAUCAAGACCAGAUAAAUGGGAUCAAUAUCUCAAAUAUCUUGUCGUUAUUUUGUAUUGCGUAUAUUAUCAUAUAUCAAAACGCGGGAAUAUUAUUUUCGAAGAUUUUAUCUCUAUUCAACGUAUCUUUGGUGAAAUAACUGAUAUCUAUGGCGCUGCCGAAGAGCAAAAAAACAAAAUUGCUCAAGAGAAUGAAAGUUUAUAUCGAAACAAGACAAAAUUAUACAAUAAAGUCAAUGAAGAACAAUAUUCUGAAUAUGAAUUUAAGCAAAUGUUUCCAGAUUUUAAUCACGAAUUCGCAGAUAUAAGUGAUGAUAUAGAAAUUAAUUCAAACAAAGAUUUUUCUCAAUUUGAGGAAAAUAUCUCAAUUCUGAGUGAGGAAAUUCUUUUUGAGAUAGGCAAGUUAUUUACAAAGCUUGUGACUGAUUUCUAUUUGAAUUUACCACGGAAAAUUUUAAAUUUUGAGGUACCAACUACAGAAGUUUUCUGGAAAUCAUAUGUCAUGGCACAAGAUUUAUCGUUAUUUGCUGGUAAAAUCUUUCCAGAGGAAUUUGAUGAAGCAAUUGUAACUUCCCAAAUUUUAGGAACGUCUCUUUUGAAAAAAUGGUUGAUUGAUGGUAUCGAACCUGGGCAUGAUACCUGCAAUAUUAUUAAAAAUGCUGAUUUGAGAAUGUAUGAUUUUUAUAAUGAUCAAAACAUUAUUGAAGCCAAGAAGUUGGCUCCAGUAAUUUCAGAUCUUCAAAAGCAUGUCAAAGAAUUACUUGAAAUGUGGCCUGAGCAUGCUAUUCUUCAACAAAUCGAUAAAAUAUGCAAUAGAAUUCAAGAAUUCACGUUAAACUCUCCUAUUGCAAAAUUUCUCACUGGCUUAGAAAUCUUAUUACAAAAAACAGAAGACUGGGAAGCUUAUGCUAAUCGGGAAGUAUCGAUAAAACUUCAUAGAGAAAAGAUUACUAAUCUUAUUGUGCAAUGGCGCCAAUUGGAACUAACUUGUUGGCCAAAUCUACUUACUGCUCAAGACAAAUAUCAUGAAAGAACUGCUUAUAAGUGGUGGUUUCAUCUCUACAAUUGCAUCGUUCAUCCUGUUGAUUCAUUGUGUAUCAAGGUUGCUACAAAAGAGAGGAUCGAUCAAAAUUUCAAGGAUCAUAUAUCGGAAAUAGUUCGAACACUUGAUCAGUUUUUACAAUCUUCAAAAAUAGGCGAUUUUAAGGCACGAUUGGAUUUGAUACAUGCUUUCUAUGUAUAUCUUUGCAUGAAAGAUUAUUAUCGCGUGAGAAAUGCUAGCGAUCAAUCUGCUUCACUUUACUCCAAAACUGCCGAUGCAUUAUUAAAUGUUUACAAGUAUUAUGGUCAAUUUUUGGAUCACAAUACUAACACCUUAAAAGAACUUCGUAAGCCUAUUGAAAAAGAAUUGAAACAAUUUGUGAAGAUUGCUAGCUGGAAAGAUGUUAAUAUUCAUGCACUGAAACAAAGUGCUCAAAAAACCCAUAGGCAAUUAAAUAAAUGUGUUCGAAAAUACAAAGAUAUCCUUAACAAACCGAUCAUGGAUGUAAUAACAGAUUAUCAGAUUAAUAUGACGACGACGAUUCAUCCCAGAGAAAAGGAUGUUAUUGAACAAGCUAUGACUCUUGAGAAUUGGAUUUCUAAUUGUGAACCGGUUGAACCAAUUGGAAGAAUUUUAGAAUUGCAAAAUUCGCUUAACAGACAAAAUUUUCCUGUUCCUGAACGUUUCUUAAAUAUUAGGAAUACUUUGAAGAAGCUUCGUUCGUAUUGCCAACAAGAUAUUUAUACUAAAAUAAAUUUAACUUACAACCGAGCUCUUGAUACUUUUACUACCGAAAUAAUUUUACGUAUUAAAAAGUUUCAAGAUGAGACGCCACAUUUAAUGAAUGAAGAAAAUAAGAACAUUAUAAAGAAUCAAAAGUUAAUUAAGAAAAAAACCAUGGUAGACCUUUUGAGAGAACUGAAGCGUCUUGGAUUAUGUUAUUUUCCUAAUAAGAAUAUAAUCGAACAACAGCAAAAUAUUGUUGGAUAUGUACUACAGCUUCGUAGAGUAGAAUUGCAGAAUUCUUUACCUAUGAUUAAUGAUUUUGAAAUUCUUAAAGUUCCAUCAUCUGUUAGAGAUGAUGUAAGAGAAUCCAUUUCUACCUGGAAGAAAGCUGAUGAAUAUUAUUAUAAGAUUAUUGCGAGAAUGAUUCAUCUUCGGAAUGUUGCAGCCAGUUAUUCAAAGGAUUUAACUUCACAGGAAGUUCAAAAAGGACUUGGCUUUUCUGAAGAUUUGUUGUAUCUUUUAAUUCAAGAACGCAAAAAUAUACAAGCUCUUGAUAAACAAUAUGUUAGACUUCUAGGAGUAUUGAUUCAAUUCUCAAGAAUUUACUCUUCACAUAAUGCUCAACAUUCCUAUUCAAAAGUAUGUGAAUAUUUAUCAUUUUGCUCAAUCGAUGAACGUACAGUAUGGAAUUUCAAAGAAAUUUUGGAUGACUUGAAUUCAUUAUUAUUUCAUUCAUGUGUAAUUUUUGAUAUACAAAAACAAAACGAACAGUCUAAUUACUUAAGUCAUUACGAAGAGAUCGGUACAAAACUACACGAUUGGCUUGAUAAAAUUUCUACAGUCCGUAAGGAUUUUGUUCAUUUGUUCGAUCGGGAAAUUUUGCUUCCAGAAUAUACAAUAGGGAAAAAAGCACUAAUCACAAAGGAUAUUAUAAACCUAGUUAAAGAUAAUAUUGUUUUGAUUGAUGGUCUUUAUCAGUUUGCCAGAGAUUAUUCUUCUCGAAUUAAAUGUUUCUCUCAUAUCUUGGCACCAAUUUGUGAUUAUAUAAAAAAUUGUAUUGGAAAUCUUUAUUUAACUGAAACGGUUCAUAAUGAAAUGAGCUUGAACAGUCAGACGACGACGGUUCUCGGAAAUAUUGCUAAAAAAGUCAAUGAUUUAAUAGAUGCAGUCCUUGUUGCUAUUCAGGAUUUACAAAAGUCAUCUGCCGAACCAACCAAAGACGAAGAUAUUGAUGAUGAUAUACCUGAUGGAUAUAUACGCCAAGAACACGAACACAUAUUAAACCUCGGAAAACAUUUACGUAUACCUUUGGUUCUUGAAAGAUUUAUCAUUCUCCAUGAACAACUAAUUAAUUUAACGGAUGACGAAAGGUUUAAUAAUUUGGAUUGCCAAAAUUUAAUUUCAAAUUUGUUACAAAGAAUAUUUCCAUUUAUUCAGCAAUACUAUUUAGUCGUUCAAUAUUAUUUGAAUAGCUUUAUCUAUCACCAUAAGUCAUUAUGCAAAUUAACCUACGUACUUUGCAAUUCGUUUACUACAGUUUUCAUGAAAGGUUAUUGUAUGCCACAAAUGGAAUCAGGUGAUGAUGAAAUAGGAGAUAUCGAAGAAAAUGCUCAAGGUACUGGUAUUGGAGAAGGUGAAGGUACUAAAGAUGUAAGUGAAGAGAUUGAAGAUGAAGAACAAGUAUUAGGCAAUCAAAAUGAAAUGAAAGACCAUGACUCAGCUAAUGAUCGGUUGAAAUUAAAGAAAGAUAAAGGAAUUGAAAUGGAAAAUGAUUUUGAAGGAACAAUGGAAGAUGUGGAAGAUGAUGAAAAUCAAGAUGAGUCAGAUGAUGAAACUUCGGAAAACAUAGAACAAGAAAUGGGUCAAUUUGAUGAUAAUGAUCCUGAUGCUGUAGAUGAAAAGAUGUGGGGGGAUGAUUCUGCAGAUGAUGUAGAAGAAAGUAGAAAAACAACUAAUACAAAACAAGAGUCUGGAGCUCAGGGUGAGACAGAUAUUGUUGCUAAGGAAGAUCAAGAGACUACUAUACAAGAUUCUCAAGAAAAAAACAUAGAAAAUGGGGAAAUGGAUGUAGAAGGUGAUAAUCAACGAGAUUCUAUGGAAACAGAAUAUCAAAGCGAUGAUGAUGAUAACAUAAACGAAGAAUAUGAUAAUUAUGAUAAAAGUGACCAUUUUAAUGUCGAUAUUCCUCAAGCUGAAACAUUAGAACUUCCUGAAGAUAUGAUGAUAGAUGACAUAGAAGGAAACACAAAUGAAGAAGAAAUAAAUAAUAAUGAUCUUCCCUCAAAUAUGGAUAUUGAUGAGUCAGAAGUGCAGGCAAAAGAUACCAUGGAUAAUACUCAAGAUGGUUUUAAUGAAGCAGCUUAUGAUGCAAUGGAAACAGAUGAAAUCGAUGAUGAUUCGAUUUCUAACGAAACAAAAGAUGGAAAUAAAAUGGGCGUUGAAAAGAUUGAAAAUAAUGAUGAGAUUUCUGACGAGAAUCAACAGGAAAGUUCUAAGGGUGAAGUACCAAAAGAACGACCUAAUCAUAAGGUUCAACUUUCUACUGAUGAUAAUCAAUUAGAAGAUAUGAAUAUUGAAAAUGAAGAUCAAAAAACUUCAUCUAAUCAAGAACAACCAAAUUCUGAUGCACCAGCAGAAAAUUUAUUUGGUGUUGAUGGAGAAUCAGGUAAAGCAAAUAUGGCAUCAUCUAAAUCAUCUGGAAAUGGAUCUGAACAAUCUUUGCAAGAAACUGAGAAUCAGGACUCUAAUAAUAAUUCACAACGAUAUAAGUCUAAAGGUGAAUCUAGCUCGAAUAAUACAGAUGAGUUAAAAAAAAGCGAAAAUACAAUUGAAAACCAGAGUAAAGAUCAAAGUAAAAAAGACGCCAAUCCACAUAGAAGUCUUGGUGAUGCUUUGAAGCAAUGGAAACGCCGUCUUGACAAUAUUGUUAAAGGAGGCGAAAACACAUCUGAACAAGAGAACAAUCUCGAACAGAAUCAAAUCGUAAAUGAAGAUCAAACGUUCGAAUUUCUUGAAAAUGAUGAUGAUUCUCAUGAUCUUCAAACGAUGGGAGCAGCAGCUGAGGAUCAGAUUGGAGCGAUUGAUAAUAAUGAACAGCACUACAAUUACGAAACAAAUUAUGCAGUUGAAGAAAAUGAAAUAGAUUAUGAUAAUUCUCAGAAAGAUGAAAUAACCGAUGCUCUUCCAACGAAUGAUUAUAAUCAUAAUAGUGAAAAUGAAAAAGGAGCAAUUCUUUCCCGGAAAAUUGUAAAACAGGAUGAUGAUCAACAAUUGUUUGAUGAAAAGUUUAAUCCUCAGAGUAUCUAUUCUUCUCACUUCACACACGAACCUUUAACUCGGGAAGAAAUUGAGAGUUUACGUCAAGAAUUAGAAAUCAAAUUAACAGAUUGGAGACAGUCUGGAAGAGAUAUUACUAAGGCUAGAGAAUUGUGGCAAAAGUAUGAAAACCUUACUUAUGAUCUAGCAAAUGGACUCUGUGAACAAUUAAGAUUAAUCCUUGAACCUACACUUGCUACAAAACUUAAAGGUGAUUAUCGAACUGGAAAACGACUUAAUAUGAAAAAGAUUAUACCUUAUAUUGCUAGUGAUUUUAAAAAGGACAAAAUUUGGCUUCGUCGUACUAAACCAAGUAAAAGGCAAUAUCAAGUCAUGAUCGCUGUUGAUGAUUCGAAAUCAAUGUGUGAAACUCAUUCGAUUCAGUUAGCUUAUGAAACUUUGGCACUUAUUUCGAAAGCACUUUCGCAGCUUGAAGUAGGAGAUCUUUCAAUUGUUAGUUUUGGUGAAAAAGUUCAAUUACUUCAUUCUUUUGAUCGCCCAUUUAGCAGUGAAGCAGGAGCUCAAGUACUACAACAAUUUACAUUUGAACAAAAUAAAACAUAUGUUCGAUCUCUCAUGGAAACUUCUAUCACACUUUUAGAGCAUGCAAAGAAUAAUGGUACAAAAAAUAAGGAAUUAUGGCAACUUCAGCUUAUAAUAUCAGAUGGUGUUUGCGAGGAUCAUGAAAGUCUUAAAGCUCUUGUCCGAAAAGCUGCUGAAGCACGAAUAAUGCUAGUGUUUAUUAUCGUUGAUAACAAGCCGGGAAAGGAUUCAAUCAUGUCAAUGAAUCAUGUAAAAUAUAAAUCUAUUAAUGGGCGCAUGACAAUACACAUGGAAAGAUAUUUGGAUACAUUUCCUUUCGAUUAUUAUGUAGUUUUAAGAGAUAUUAAUGCUUUGUCAGAAACUUUGGCUGAUGCGUUAAGACAAUAUUUUAGUAUUAUCAGUCAAAAUAGCGAAUAAAAAUUAUUUUGUUUUUUUCCGUAAUAAAUACUUUUUUUUUUUAUUUUUAUUUUUAUUU